AUGUGGCCCAGCGGUGUGAACCAGCUGGGGGGGCUCUUCCUGAACGGCCGCCCCCUCCCCACCUGCAAGAGGCAGAGGAUCAUCGAGCUGGCGGCGAGCGGGCUCCGCUCCUCCGACAUCUCCCGCAGCCUCAAGGUGUCCAACGGCUGCGUCAGCAAGAUCCUGGGCCGGUACCAGCGCACGGGGGCCGUGGGGCCCAAGGCCGCGGGGGGCAGCAGGGCCCGCACGGCCACUCCCGAGGUGGUGGCCAGGAUCGCGCGGCUGAAGCUGGAGCGGCCCGGGCUCUUCGCCUGGGAGAUCCGCCGGCAGCUGCACCGCGAGGGGACCUGCGCCGGCCUCGGCACCCCCAGCGUCUCCUCCAUCAACCGGGUCCUGAGGAACCUGCCCAGUGACCUGCGGCUGGCGGCCGAGCCCCGGGACCCGCGGCCACGGGUGUCCCCUCUGGCCGUCCCGCAGCCCCCCGCUUGCCGCUCGCCCCCCGCAGCCGGCACCGCCGCCCCCCCGGGGGCUCAGCACCCUCCGCAGGGCUCCGAAUCCGGCCGGAGGCUCCCGCCGGGCCCCCGGCACAGGAGCAGGACCGUGUUCUCCCGGCAGCAGUCGGAGGCUCUGGAAAAAGAGUUCCAGCUGGCACAGUACCCGGACACCGUCACCCGGGAGAGACUGGCCGCGGCCACCCAGCUCCCGGACACGACCAUCAGGGUCUGGUUCUCGAACCGCCGAGCCAAGAGCCGACGGGAGGCCAAGCAGCAGCUGGAGGCUGGCGGGGCAGGCUCCUGGUGCGACUGGAUCCUGCCCCGCGGCUCCGUGUCCGCUUUCCGUCCCACCUCCACAACAGCCGCACAGCCCCUCUCGGACACCCCCGCGGGCUCCCCGCAGCCCCUCCACGGCCCCAUCCACGGCCACAUCCACGGCCCCAUCCACGGCCUCCGCCCCUUGCCGGCCCCCCCGGCCCCGCUGCACCUCUGCGCCUCCGGCCCCUGCGCCUGGGACGACGCUCGCUGCGGUCCGGCUCCGGGCAGGAGCGCCCCUCCAGCGCCCUGGCAGGCCCUGGAGAGCCCCCCCUUCGCCCUGCUGCCCCCCGGACCCCCUGCCCCCCGGUGCCAGCCUGGUGCCCGGAGCCCCGCUGAGCCCCCGCUGCCGCCGCCCCUCGCCAGCCCCCCGGAGCCCCUCGCCCGCCUCCACGGCCCGCGGUGCCCCUGGCUCUGA